GGCAGCCAGGAGGAAAACAAAACAACACAAAAAACGGGGAAAACGGGAAAACGGAAAACUUCCUGCGCUGUGGGACGCUUUUGUUUUGUUUCCGUGAGAUUGUAUUCUGCUGUGGUGUAUUUACAAAGCUCGUGUGAGUAAGUGGUUUUUGUUAAUCGUUCGGACAACAUCCUGGAGCCUACCAGAAUGGAUCCGGAUCGUAUACUCGCGACCUUUAAAAUCCUCAUCAUCGGUGAGAGCGGAGUAGGAAAAUCAAGUUUGAUGCUCCGCUUCACCGAGAAUGAUUUCGACAGCGAUCAGGCGCUUACGAUCGGGGUGGACUUUAAGACGAAAACCCUCGACGUGGACGGCGUGAAGGUGAAGCUGGCGAUCUGGGAUACGGCCGGCCAGGAGCGGUUCCGUACGCUUACACCGAGCUAUUACCGUGACGCCCAAGGUGCAAUUCUGGUGUAUGACGUCACCAAGAAGGACACAUUCCAGAAGCUUGAAUCAUGGUUGAACGAGCUGGAAAUCUACGGUACGCGCAAUAAUAUGGCCAAAAUGAUCGUGGGCAAUAAGAUCGACCAACCGGACCGGAGCAUCACGCGGGAUGAGGGAUUCCGGUUUGCCAAAAAACAUCGCAUGAUGUUCAUCGAAACAUCCGCCAAGACGAGCGAAGGCGUGAAGGACGCGUUCGAGGAGGUAGUGCGUAAGAUAAUGGAAACAGAUGGAUUGUGGGAACGGAACGAAUACGGUGAUGGGGUCGAUCUUCACGGUAACCGAACACCAUCAGCGGCCGGUUCCUGUCCGUGCUAACUACCACAAUUGAUCUGAACCGUUUUGGUGAUAUAUUCGGUACAUGGUCACACCACCUCGUUUGCGGGUGCUGCAACAUCACCGUGGACUGUUCGCAUGGUCGCCUCGCCUUGUGUAAAAGUUGCGGGUCCAGUGCUGCGAAGUGGACCAACGCUUUCCGCUUGUGUCGUGCCCUUUCCUGUGGUGAUAACAGGCGCAAUAUGGGAUUAUGUUUUUACCGUUCAUUUUAAGUUCAUAAUAUCGUUUUUAUCAAACACACACACUCAUACGCACGCACUACAGAAUAUAGCCAUGUAAAGUAAGGCGUUCGAUGGGGGUAAAUAAAUUAGAAUAAUAUUAUUCAACUGUGA